UGCAGGCGGAGGAGGAGGCGGGCGAUCCUCCAGGCCGCGGGGCGCACCAGGCUCCUCCUGCCCUGGGGCGCCGCGGCCUUUUUGCGCCAGGCUCCGGGCGCCCGGCUGGAUGCUGAGAUAACGGUCCCAGAAUCAUGCGAUCUGGGCUGGGAGGCGGGCGUGGCUGCGGGCCUUGGGAUGGCAUUAGGUCUGUGUCUGCAGGUGCUGUGCAGCCUGGGUGGCUGGCUCUCACUCUAUACAUCUUUCUGCCACCUGAAUAAGCACCGAAGCUAUGAGUGGAGCUGCCGGCUGGUGACCUUCACCCAUGGAGUCCUCUCUAUAGGCCUGUCUGCUUACAUUGGCUUCAUUGAUGGCCCUUGGCCUUUUACUCAUCCAGGCUCACCUAACACACCUCUCCAAGUUCAUGUUCUGUGUCUCACCUUGGGCUACUUCAUCUUUGACUUGGGCUGGUGCAUCUACUUCCAGUCUGAGGGUGCCCUGAUGCUGGCUCACCACACACUGAGCAUCUUAGGCAUCAUCAUGGCCCUGGCACUUGGAGAGUCAGGCACAGAGGUCAACGCGGUCCUCUUUGGAAGUGAGAUCACCAACCCGUUGCUACAGAUGCGCUGGUUUCUCCGUGAAACAGGGCACUACCACAGUUUCACUGGAGAUGUGGUGGACUUUCUCUUUGUGGCUUUGUUCACUGGUGUGAGGAUUGGCGUAGGAGCCCAUCUCCUUUUCUGUGAAAUGGUCUCACCCACACCCAAGUGGUUUGUAAAAGUUGGGGGAGUAGCCAUGUACACUGUGUCUUGGUGUUUCAUGGUUAGCAUCUGGCGUUUUGCGUGGAAGAAAAGUAUCAAGAAGUACCAUGCGUGGAGAAGCAGACGGAGUGAAGAACGACAGCUGAGACACAAUGGAUAUCUUAAGACACACUAGGCCAGAGCUUGAUCCCAAUAAUAGAUUGGGUUGAAGUGACCGUGGGAACUGGAUCAGAAACAGAACUGUUACUAUAGAACGGAGCUCAUAAUACACAUAGGUUUUGAAAAAGGGCUAAAUAUAUUGAUCUCUUUGGUCAGUUUCCAAGCUAAGCACAUGCAGUAUUAAAACACUGACUCCUGCAGUGGCACCUGUAGAAAGUGCACAUCCUCAGUGAUGACUGGGAAGAAUGCAGUGAGGUGAGGAUUAUUGCUAUUUAUCUUGGGGUCCAUGUUCCUGGGAGCCUUGAUAUCCAAACAACUUUGAAAAGAACUUGAGUAAGAUCAGUGCUGUCUCUUGUUCCUUUACAAGUAAUUCCUUCCCUACCUGUUCCUGCUUUCCAUGCACAUUUCAUGACUGAUCACACCACGUACAACAAAGAGAGGGACUCUCAGGAAGGGCCAAGUGUUGGACAUUCAAACAUUACAUCUGUGAAUGGGACGUGGUUAUGCAAAGAGAGACAGAAGGAUGUGAGUGAAACUGGCAAUGGUAGCCUCCUCCUACUCUAUCAGAGGUUCCCAAGAAGGCUCAGGGCUCAACUAUAGUCUCACAGCUUUGAUUUAUGAGAGUGAAAGGAUACAAAGAAAACUUAGCAAAGGGAAAAAGCACCUUAGGCAAAGUCCGAGAAUAUCCAGGCCCAAGUUUCUAAAGUCUUCUCGCAUUUGGCUAUACAGGACAUAUAUUUAUGACAUCAUCAAAGACCCAGGACUUUUACUAGUGACAGGGCACAUAGGUAGCUUCUGCCUAGCACAUGGCAAAAUUUAAGACUCCCCCAAACAGGCAUUCAGCAUAAGCCACCUUGCUUGUAGAGAGUUUAGGAGCGGUGAGCCAGUCUUAUCAGUGGUGGGCCCCUCUCAGUCGUAGUGUUCAGACCAGUCAAGGGCCAACCUUGCAAGCAGGCCUUUCCAAGGAUAGCAGUUUAGGCUUGUUAUGUUAAUUCUUAUGUGCACAAAAAUCAUAGAUCUAGGGCUUUGGAUGCAAGAUGAAUGAGGUGUGGGUAGACUUACCAAGUCCUGUUGUGCGAGUUUUGCCCUACCAGGAAAACUAUGCCAGUUCUCAGGGCUUUAGUGAAUUAAUCGCCUAGGCAUGAAAGGCCAUGACUAAAUUCCAUAGGGAUUUACCAUGUGGAUUCCACUGGACUUGAGAUGGGAGUUCAGGUUUCAGCUCUGUAGUAUAUAUUACAAACUAGAACCAAAGAUUUCAAUGAGGGUACUGGCCUCAGGUGAUGAAGCUAAUUUAUUUCCCUUCCUUCCUUCCUUCCUUCCUUCCUUCCUUCCUUCCUUCCUCCCUUCUUUCCU